CUGCGUGCAGGGGCGCUCCUCCAUGUGACGCUGGGCCUGAACACAAAAAUCCAGUAUGGCGGAAUCUGUCAGGAGAUGAAUUUUUCGUGCCCCCUCCUCCUCCGCCGCCGCCGCCUCCUCCUCCUCUCGCCAAGCGGAGAAAAAAAGCCCGGCGGUGUCGCAUGGGAGAGGACUAAACCCCGCCGCGCGGGACGAACGUCGGGACGGCUGGUCGCCUCCGGGCCCAUCGAGUGGAGCUUCCGGUUGGCACCAGUCUGACACUCUUGGUUGGAGUUGCCGAAUCCAAAAGGCUAAUGGCAAAUUUCUAGUCUGGAAACAUUCUGCCGCCACGGUUGAAUGGUCUUUCGACUAGGCCCGAAAAUAACCUGCCGAUUUGGUCACUUGCCACCUCUCAACUUCAGUGAUGACAUCGCACAAUCAUCAAGAAGGGAUGCUGGGGAAGGAGCAGCCACUGGAGGUUCUCAAGACGUCGGCGCUCAACCACAUCCCAACAGUGGACAUCAAUUCAGCACUGCCGCUGCGCCUCCCGCCUGCCGCCAUCCCCAUGGACCUGCGUGUGGAGCAGCAGCGGCAGCAGCAGCAGCAGCAACGGCAGCAGCAGCAUCAUCAUCAGCAGGUGUCGCCACAGGCCGGCGGCGGCGGGGCCUCCGCCCCUGUCCGCGAGCAACAGCUGCAACAGGAGCUGCUUAGCCUGAAACAGAAGCAGCAAAUCCAGAGGCAGAUCCUCAUCGCCGAGUUCCAAAGGCAGCACGAGCAGCUUUCCCGCCAACACGAGGCUCAGCUCCAGGAACACAUAAAGCAACAACAGGAGCUGUUGGCGAUCAAGCACCAACAGGAGCUGCUGGAGCACCAGAGGAAAAUGGAAAAUCAUCGUCUGGAGCAAGAGCUGGAGAAGCAGCAGCGUGAGCAGAAGUUGCAGCUGCUGAAGAACAAGGAAAGGGGGCAGGAGAGUGCCGUGGCAAGUACGGAGGUCAAGAUGCGUCUCCAGGAAUUUGUCCUCAACAAAAAAAAGGCCCUGGCUCAGCGGAGCCUCAACCAGGGUGGGCCCCACAACGAUGCUCCCUAUUGGUACAGAAAAACUCAGCACAGCUCUCUUGACCAGAGCUCACCUCCACAGACUGUUAUGUCCACCUAUAAUCAUCCUGUGCUGGGCGUCUACAAUCCACGGGAUGACUUUCCACUUCGGAAAACAGCCUCCGAACCCAACUUGAAGCUGCGCUCCAGGCUGAAGCAGAAGGUCAGCGAGCGGAGGAGCAGUCCGCUCCUCCGUCGUCGAGACAGCCCCAUCGCCUCUGCAAAAAAACGCUCUCUCGACAUGGCAGAUUCUGCAUGUAGCAGUGCCCCGGGCUCGGGCCCAAGCUCCCCGAACAACAGUUCCAACAACAUCCCCAAUGAAAACGGCAUCACUGUGUCAGUCUCCAACAGCAAAGAGGCGCCCAUGAGCCAGAGGGUGUGCAGUGGUGCCGAGCGAGGCUCCAUUAGCCAACUAUCACUCUACACUUCGCCAUCCUUACCAAACAUCACCCUGGGCUUGCCCGCCACUGCUACCGCCACCGCCGCAUCCAAUGUGACGUCUGCUCAACAAGAUGGCAGUUUGCAGCCAGCGCUCUCCCUCAGCCCGCCGUUCCUCUCAGGUGGCCACUUGACACCCUACUUGGCUGAAGCGGCAGCAGGGACAGGCGGGCACAGUCCGCUGCUUCAACACAUGGUACUGAUGGACCAGACUCCUGCACAGAGCCCCCUGGUGACAGGUGUGAGUGGCUUGUCCAUGUCGCCGGCAGCCUCCAUGGCCAAGCUGCAGCGCCAGCAUCGACCUCUGGGUCGCACCCAGUCGGCGCCGCUGCCUCAAGGGAGCGCCGCUCAAGCCCAUGCCCAGGCGCUAGCGCUACAGCAGCUGGUGGUCCAGCAGCAGCACCAACAGUUCCUGGAGAAGCACAAGCAGCAGCAGCAGCAGCAGCAGCAACAGCAGCAACAGCAGCAACAGCUUCAGUUCAACAAAUUGAUAGCCAAGCCCGGCGAGUCGCCCGUGGGCCGCCAGCACCAGAGCCACCCGGAGGAAACGGAGGAGGAGCUGAGAGAGCACCAAGAUGUCGGCGCGCUACCGCUCGGGAUCACCAUCAAGCAGGAGCCUCCCGACCAGCUGGAGCUCCAGGAGGAAGCGUUGCAGCAGCACCAGCACCGGGAGAGGCAGGCGGAGCAGGAGCUUCUCUUCAGACAGCAGGCCUUGUUGUUGGAGCAGCAGCGAAUUCACCAGCUGAGAAACUAUCAGGCUUCCAUGGAAGCUGCCGGACUGUCUAUCUCCUUCCCGGGCCACCGUCCUCUAUCGAGGGCUCAGUCGUCCCCAGCUUCAGCCUCCCCGUUCUCCAUUAGUGUCCCGCAGUCCGAUCCGCCCAUCAAGCCUCGUUUUACCACAGGUCUGGUGUACGAUUCUCUAAUGCAGAAGCACCAGUGCAUGUGCGGCAACACUAACAGUCACCCGGAGCACGCGGGGCGGAUCCAGAGCAUUUGGUCCCGCUUGCAAGAAACUGGACUCAGGGCUCAGUGCGAGUGCAUCCGUGGGAGGAAGGCCACUCUGGAAGAACUGCAGACGGUUCACUCGGAAGCCCACGUCCUUCUGUACGGAACCAACCCUCUCAGACAGAAACUUGAUUGUUCAGUCACGCCCAUGUUUGUGCGGCUACCGUGUGGCGGGGUGGGCGUGGACAGUGACACCAUCUGGAAUGAAGUCCACUCCUCCAGCGCAGCUCGCCUCGCCGUCGGCUCUGUUGUGGAGCUCGUCUUCAAAGUGGCCACCGGGGAGCUGAAGAAUGGUUUCGCUGUGGUGCGACCUCCGGGACACCACGCCGAGGAAAGCACUCCCAUGGGCUUCUGCUACUUUAACUCUGUGGCCAUCGCUGCCAAACUGCUGCAGCAGAGACUCAACAUCAACAGGAUCCUCAUCGUCGACUGGGAUGUUCACCACGGCAAUGGCACCCAGCAGGCCUUCUACGAUGACCCCAAUGUUCUGUACCUAUCUAUUCAUCGCUAUGAUGAUGGCAAUUUCUUCCCCGGUAGUGGCGCCCCUGAGGAGGUGGGAAGUGGCCCGGGAGUCGGGUUCAACGUCAACGUGGCUUUCACCGGGGGGCUCGACCCACCCAUCGGAGAUGUCGAGUACCUGGCUGCCUUCAGGUCAGUGGUCAUGCCCAUCGCCAAUGAGUUUGCUCCGGAUAUCGUGCUAGUGUCCUCUGGCUUUGACGCAGUGGAAGGACACCCUCCACCUCUUGGAGGCUACAUGCUGACAUCCAAAUGUUUUGGCUUUCUGACCCGCCAGCUGAUGAGCCUUGCCGAAGGCAGGUUGGUCCUGGCUCUGGAAGGGGGUCAUGAUCUAACAGCCAUCUGUGACGCCUCAGAGGCCUGCGUCGCUGCCUUGCUGGGACAGGAGCUGGACCCACUACCCAAGGCUGUGCUGGAGAACAGGCCCAACGCUAAUGUCGUGCACUCUCUGGAGAAGGUCCUCGAGAUACACUGUAAAUAUUGGCGCUCGGUGUGUCACCAUUUGCCACAGCUGGGGCUCUCGCUUCUAGAAACCAAACGCGGUGACUCGGAGGAGGCCGAGGCCGUCAGUGCCAUGGCCUCUCUGUCAGUGGCCGCCAACACGAACGUUGUGGAUCACAGACCAGAGGAGGAACCAAUGGAAGAGGAGGAGCCAUUAUAACCAGGUGGGGAUACGUAGCAGUGCCACGCUGUUAGCAUUGACCUCUUUGAGCGGAGGACACCUCUUUGAGCGGCCGGCCGGCUGGCAAGGAGUCUCGACUGAUCCCUUCAUUUAGUCCCCCCUGACACCAAUUGAUUGGCGGAGGGACAAGGGGUGGGCUCAGCCUUGGAGCAGGGAGCCAAUCAGGAGACAGAGGACUGAGAUGGGGGGAAAAAAAAUAAAAACAGAAGAGUUACUUCGUGGUGCUCGUCUGGAGAUGUUUUUCUGUCUGUCUUUGCCCCCCCCCGACGACAGCCUACAGUGGCGAGUGACCAAUGCAGCAUUUGCUGAUUUUUAAGUGUGUGUGGGGGGGGGCGAGUUUGGCUAAGUGAGAUUCUUUGAGGAAACCAAACGGCUUCCAUCCGAUGCCAACACUGGAAGACAUCCAUCCCCGUCUGCCGGUGACGGCUGACCAUUUUCUUUUUUUCUCAACUAGCUCCGCGACGGGAAAAGAAUUGACAAACAUGCAUUCACUGUGGACUUUGGCUCUUACAAACACUCAUUUUCAGUAGAGGUUCUAUGAGGAGUGCCUUGGUGAGGGUCUGCUGGAUUUCACGAUUGUUCAGGAAAAGUUUGCCUUAAGAUUUCCUUCUCGGAGAUCAGCGCCAGGGAGGGAUGACAAUUUGGACAAUACAGCAAACAGUCUUUCAGCAUGUUUACUUGGAACGUGGCCAUGCGCCUCGUGAAGAUUUUAUAUUCGGAUUUUUUUUUUGGGGUGAGGAAAAGGACAUGCUCUGGAAAGGUAGUUGCCAGCUUUGGUGGAAACGCACAUCAUUUGAUGCUUUGACUCUUAUGUAGCUUCCCUUUAAAAGAUGACUUUGCAGAAAAAGCAUGAGAGGAGAGGCCGGACAUUUUUUUUUUUUUUUCCCUGUUUGGAAUGUUUAAGCGAUGAAAGCCAAAGCAUGACUCUGCAUCUAACAAACUUUUGACAAUACAUUAGGAAAAGACUUCCUAGGUCACUACAUUUGAUGGUUGCUCUCGUGAGUUGCUGGCAACUACCUAGUUACUCGUGAAACUCCAGUCGUGUAUAUAAAAUUGAGUAAAUUUUGUGGGGCGCCAUGGCCUCUUCAUAUCGAUUUAAAAAAAAAAAAAAAAUUUCCGCAUCAUGAUUUUUCACCACUUUAUAUUUUAGUGUUUUUUUGUUUUUUUAAACAUUUUUCUUUUUAAUCCAUUUUCUGGAUAGUUAUAGGGCUGCCAGUCACAAAAAUCCUGUCACCGAAUUUCUUCUUUUUGUAUUUAUCAAAACUAAGGAGCAACUUUCUUUGUGCUGCUCUUUGGGCACCUGCGUUUUUGUUUUGUUUUUUCAUCGAUUGUGUAUUUAUACUGUACUGUUUAUAGAAGAUUUGUAUAUGGACACAUUUCUAAACGUACUCUAAUGACAGCUAUGAUAUUGUGAACGGAACACAACGGUGUGGUGUUUCUCCGUGGAAAUAGAUAAAAAAAGCAAAAGAAAAGAAGCAGCGUAUUUA